AUGCACAGACCAGCAGCCGCUUUGCAGACGUGCAUCGACCACCAGUGGGUGGCUCUGAAGACCCUGCGGCAGAGGCUGGAGAGCGAGCGAUGCAUUGGUCCGGACCAGCCCUGCCCGGACCAGCCCUGCCCGGCCACCCGCCACCCGCCGGGUCCUCCGCACAGCCGGCGGACCAUUGCCCACAUGGCCAGAGAGAGCAAACUGAGCCGCUUCGUGGACCUGACUUCCGAACUGACCGCCGUGGAGCAGCGCGGACUGUGCCCUUUGCCGGAGCCACACUUCUUCCCUGUGGAAUUAAAGCUCAGCGUGGAGUUAAGAAACAUCUGCGUUCGCUUGGCGACCAGGAAGGACGGCUUCCAGCUUGAUGGCGAUCUGAAAGAGAUCGAAGAUUGUUUGAUGAACAUUGUCAACCAGCUGUUACUUUCGUUGUCUUUGUACAAUUCGGAAUCGCACCUGCAGGCUACUGAAAUGCUGAAAGGCUUCCUUAAAAAGUUCCCAGAUAGGAGAAAUCAUUUGGAAUCGUCGUUUUAUUGCUCUUAGUGUAAGAUAAUGUGUUAUUUGCCCCCAAAGCUUUGGAACUCUCUCUCCCCAAUCCCCCC